CUAGUUUUCUUCAAGUGGUAGCUAGUUGCCUCCCAAUCUCCUCAAUUUUACUAACGGUACUGAGCUCCUCUAGUAGAAGACGCGGGCAAUAACAGAGGCCAUGGCAACCUUCAGAUGUCGCUCUCCAUUUACUCUAAUUCCUAGCCGUCUCCUUCUCCUCCUCCUCAUUCUCAUUUUCAUCUCUCCCGUGCGCCAAAACACUCUUCCCCACCAUCUCUCUUCUUCCAGUACCCCUCCUUCACCUCCCAAGUCCCCCAUACAAAGCAACUCCAGAAACGCACCAGUGCCACUCUCAUUUGCAACUGAUCCGCUCGUGCCAGAGCCUUCCAUGGAUGCACCACCCUCAACUUCUUUAACCUCUAAACCAACUAACAGCAUUGCCAGACAUAUCACGGAGAAGAGCAGUACUACGGAGAGGAUUGAGCAAGAUUUGGGUAGAGCAAGAGCAGCUAUUCGUAAAGCGAUUCUUAUGCAGAAUUAUACAUCUGAUAAGGAGGAAAUUUACGUUCCCACAGGACCCGUUUACAGAAACGCCUAUGCCUUUCAUCAGAGUCACAUAGAGAUGGUGAAGAGAUUCAAGGUGUGGGUUUACAGGGAAGGAGAGCUUCCAAUGGCACACAUAGGGCCAUUGAGUUACAUCUACUCCAUCGGGGGACAGUUCAUGGACGAGAUGGAGAGAGGGGAGAGCCCUUUCCUGGCCUAUCAUCCUGAUGAGGCACAUGCUUUUUUUGUACCUCUAAGUAUUUCCAAAAUUACGGAUUGCUUUGCUGUGCUUGAGCCCCGCACCUUUUUUGAUCGUAUGAUACGCAUCUUCACCGAUUAUGUCCAUGUCGUUGCUGAUAAAUACCCCUACUGGAAUAGAAGCAGUGGAGGGGACCAUUUCAUGGUCUCUUGCCAUGACUGGGCACCAUUGAUUGACAGACACGACCCCAAGUUGUACAAGAAUUUCAUAAGAGUGUUAUGCAAUGCUAACACAUCAGAAGGAUUCAAACCCAUGAGAGACGUCUCAUUACCGGAAUUUAACUUGAAAGGUCACCCUCUAUACAACCUCGGUCCACCCCGCUAUGGCUUGGCCCCGAGCGAACGCACAAUCCUCGCUUUCUUCGCCGGUGCAGCCCAUGGUGACAUAAGGGAUAUAUUGUUCCAGCAUUGGAAGGAGAAAGAUGGUGAAGUUCAAGUCUAUGAGAACCUUCCUAAAAUGAAAAAUUACCACAAAUUGAUGGGACAGAGCAAGUAUUGCCUGUGCCCAAGUGGGUCAGAAGUGGCCAGCCCUAGAGUGGUCGAGGCAAUGUAUCAGGCAUGUGUCCCGGUGAUUAUUUCCGAUUACUAUACAUUACCCUUUAGUGAUGUCCUUGAUUGGAGCAAGUUUGCAGUGUUUGUUCCUCCAAAAAGAAUACCUGAAAUCAAGAACAUUCUGAAAGGAAUUUCCCAAAGAAAGUACUUGACAUUGCAGAAGAGGGUGACACAAGUUGCAAGGCAUUUUGAGCUGAACCGACCUUCUAAGCCAUUUGAUGUCAUUCAUAUGUUGCUGCACUCCGUAUGGCUUAGAAGGCUUAACGUUAUGCUAACAGAGCAUGUUUAUUGAUUAUAAUCUCCAUGUAAUACCGUAUAUAUACACGCGCAUAUAUAUAUACUAUUAUUU